AGCACCAGAAAUGUAAUCUACGCAUUAAAAGGUUGUUUCCUUCAUCAUCGGCCAUCAGUUUGCUUGCAACGCACAGGAGGACAGUGUGAAUUUGCAGCCCAGGAUGCAGACAGUUUUAUGUGUGCUGUGUGCGGCUCUGUGUCUGAACUGUGUCAUCUCAUCUCCAUUGAAAAAUAUUCAGAGCAAAGGAAAUCUGGCAUCUGUGGAUGAGGUGAGCGUUCUCAUGUAUGGCGUUUUGCAGUUCAGCGAGUCCCUGCAUCACAUGUAUCAAAGCACAGAAGCCAAGCUGGAGCGCGUGAUGAAGGCCAUCAGAAGAACCGAGAGCGAGGUCAAGAGGCUGGGUCUUGACACAGAGCAGGCGGCUCAAACCGAACUUCAGAUUAAAGAGAAGCUCAAGCUUAUUCAGGCUCAAAUGGAAAGUCUACAGGCCCAGACCCAAGAAAGCAGAAGCAAGAUUACUAGGCUGGAGCAGGAAGAGGCGGAGCUAAAGAAAAAACUUAAAAAUUUGGAGGAAGACUUAAACAGCUCUUUGCCGGAGAUCAUCAAGGAUAAGACAUUUAAAAACACAGCACUUCUGAAGGAUCUGAUGAAGUGGGCAGAGGAACAGAAAAUAAAAUUAAAGAAUCAAACCCAGCAGCUGGCCCAGUUACAGGAACAGAAUGUGGUGUAACCGCUAAAGAGAUUCCCUAAUAUCAACUGCUUACCUAUGAGGAUAUGGAAACGUGACCCUCAUCAACACUCCAUUUGUGUCAUUAAAAACAUAGCUCACAUAGACAGAUGAAGUCUUUGCUAAUAAUUUCACUUUAACAUUGAGCCUCUUCAUGCGAUAUAUUGUGUAAAAUGCUGGUAAAGUCAUUCCUAGAUAAAAGGUUUCACUUAAUUCAUAAACCCAGACAGUAUGUCCUAAAACCCUUAUUUUUAUACUACUUUGAUAUCUACGCUAAUUAUUAUGACAAAAUACAAAAAAAUCUAUAAUGUGCAUAUAUUUGUUAUUUAUACAAAAAUAAAAGUGUUAUUUAAAAAAACGGA